GUAAGGGGGGGCCGGGGGGGAUCAUUUUUGGGGGGGGUGGAGGGGGAUUGGGGUCACCCCGGGGGGGGGGGGGCCCCCGAUUGUUCUGGGGGGUGCGAAUGUGACCGGGAGAGCGCGAUCUGCCGGGGGGGGGCUGGGCUGCCCCGGGGGCUGCCCCCCCGCCUGGCCACGCUGUCCCUGGUGCGGUGGCACAUCGACGUCCUGGGCGAGGGCAGCUUCCGCGACACCCCGGCCCUGCAGCUGCUGUUGGUCACUGCUGGGCGUCUGGGAACCAUCGGGGAUGGGGCCUUCACUGGGCUGGUGCUGCUGGAGUACCUGUUCAUCGAGGACAACGACGUGGGGACCAUCGCCCCCACCGCGCUGCGGGGACUGCGGGGGCUGCUCUACCUGAGCCUGGCCAACAACCGCCUGGAGACGCUGCCCCGGGGCCUCUUCCAGGGGCUGGAGACCCUGACCCAGCUGGACCUGCGGGGGAACCCCUUCCAGUGCGACUGUCGCCUGCGCUGGCUGGUGGCCUGGUUGGGCAGCGCCACCCCCCCCGCCGAAUCGGGGCGCUGCCGGGGUCCCCCCCACCGGCAGGGCACCCCCCUGGCCCAGCUCCAACCCCGGGACUUCCACUGCCUCGUCUCUGAGCUGAGACCCUUCCAGUCGCUGCCCUUCUCCUCACUGGCGGCCGAACCCUUCGCCCUGGGGGGGCACCCAGGGGUGGCCCUUGCCCAGCCCUUCGCUGGUGCCUGCGCUCUCCUGGAGUGGGACCAGUUGGCCGGGCGUUUUCGAGCCCCCACCAUCAUCAAUGGCUCGUCACCGGUGGCCUGUCACCCCCUGCAGCUGGGAGGGGCGUUGGUGGUGGUGGUGGCCCAACUCAGUGGUGGCUCGGCCGUCUGGCGUCGGGCUGGUGGCCCCGGUAGCCGUUUCGUCCGGUUGCAAGCGUUGGGGAGCGGUCGGUUGAGACGUCCCCACGCGGUGGCCAGCGCCCGUCUUGGAGGUCACUGGUACCUUGGGGUGGCCGAUAGCUCCAAAGGUGGCACCAGCACCCUCUUCCGGUGGGGUGGACGGGGCUUCUACCCCCACCAAGCCCUACGGCCGUGGCACCGUGACACCCACCUGGAGUUCCUGGAGCUUGGAGGACGACCGGCUUUGGUGGUCUGCAGCGGCACGCGGAGACCCUUGGUCUACCGGUGGAGUGGGGCGGCCUUCGCGCCCCACACGGACAUCCCCCACGUGCCGGAUGUCUACGCGGCGAAACACUUCCGCUUGCGAGGACACGUCUUCCUCUGCUUGACCCGCUUCCUGGGGGACGCCAAGGUGAUGCGCUGGGAGGGUUCCAUGUUCCGAGAGGUGCAGCAGGUGCCAGCACGGGGCUCGAUGGUCUUCCAACCAUUGGCGUUGGCCGGACAACGCUACGUCAUCCUGGGCAAUGACUAUGCCCCAAGCCGCGUCUACCGCCUUGGUCCUGGUGGUCACCUGGAGCCCACCCAGGAGCUGUUGACCCCCACGCCACGUGCCUUCACCCCUCUCUCCUUGGGUCACCGUCAUUUUUUGGUGGCCUCCAGCUUCAAGGGAGCCACCCAGAUCUACCGGCACGUCACCGUGGACUUGGGAGCUUGAAGGAUGGCGAGCGUCACGUUGUGGUGGCCGAGGGACAUCAAGCUGGACGUCGUCAUGGAGUUGGGGACGUCAAAAGUCACAGCAGAGAGGUGAGUGCCUGAAGGACAUGGGGACAUCUGCCAUUAUGGAUCUGGGCACUUGAGGGACACGGGGACAUCAAAGGUCACGUUGUCCUGGAGCUGGGCACCUGAGGGACGUGGGGACAUCGGCCAUCACGUCACUAUGGACCUGGGUGCCUGAGGGACACGGGGACCCGGAGAACAUGGAGACAUCAAGUGGUAGGUCACCAUGGACGUGGGCACCUGAGGGACGUGGAGAGGUCCCGUCAACGUGAACCUGUGUCCCUGAAGGGCAUGGGGACACCAGUCGUGAUGUCACCGUGGGUCUGAGGAACACAGGGACGUCAACCGCCACGUCAUUGUGGACCUGGGUGCUCGAAGGACAUGGGGACGCCAUGUCAGCAUGGAUCUGGGGGACGUCAACUGUCACUUCAUCGUGGACCUGGGCACUUGGGACAUGGGGACAUCAACCAGGGACACCUGAGGGACACGGCCAUCAGCCAUCACAUCGCCACAGACGUGGCACCUGAGGGACACGGGGACAUCAACCGUCAUGUCACCUCACCAUGAGGAGGUGACAUGAAGGACAUGGGGACAUCCCACGGUCACUGUGUCCCCACGGAUGUGGGCACCUCCGUACCUGAGGGCCACCAUGGACCUGGGCACCAGAGGGAUGCGGGGACAGUGGCCACCAUGUCACUGUGGACAUGCGGGUGUCACCUUAUCCCCUCCUGGGGUCCCCGUCCACCCAACAUUGUCCCCAGUGUCACCAUUUGCUCCAUGCCACCCCCGUCCACAAUGCCACCGUUGGCCCAGUGUCACCUUGUCACCUCCUGCUGCCACCAUCUACCCGAUGGCCCCAAGUCCACCAUCAACUCAACGUCACCAUUGGCCCUGUGUCACCCUGCCACCUCCUGGUGCCACCAUCUACCUGAUGUCCCCAAGACUGCCAUCAACCCAAUGCCACCAUUGUCCACGUGUCACCCUGCCACCUCCCGCUGCCACCAUCUACCCGAUGUCCCCAAAGCUGCUGUCAACCCAAUGUCACCAUUGUCCAUGUGUCACCCUGUCACCUCCUGCUGCCACCAUCAACCCAACGUCACCAUUGGCCCCGUGUCACCCUGCCACCUCCUGGUGCCACCAUCUACCUGAUGUCCCCAAGACUGCCAUCAACCCAAUGUCACUAUCAUCCACAUGUCACCCUGUCACCUCCUGGUGUCACCAUCAACCUGACAUCCCCAAGGCCACCAUCAACCCAAUGUCACCAUUGGCCCUGUGUCACCCUGCCACCUCCUGGUGCCACCAUCAUCCUAACGUCACCAUUGUCCAUGUGUCACCCUGCCACCUCCUGGUGCCACCAUCAACCCAAUGUCACCAUUGUCCAUGUGUCACCCUGCCACCUCCUGGUGCCACCAUCUACCUGAUGUCCCCAAGGCCACCAUCAACCCGUCACCAUUGUCCACAUGUCACCCUGUCACCUCCUGGUGCCACCAUCAACCCAAUGUCACCAUCAUCCACAUGUCACCCUGUCACCUCCUGGUGUCACCAUCAACCUGACAUCCCCAAGGCCACCAAUCAACCCAAUGUCACCAUUGGCCCUGUGUCACCCUGCCACCUCCUGGUGCCACCAUCAUCCCAACGUCACCAUUGUCCGUGUGUCACCCUGCCACCUCCUGGUGCCACCAUCAACCCGACGUCCCCAAGGCCACCAUCCGCCCCACGCCACCCUGUCCCCUCCAGGUGCCACCACCCACCCAACUCAUCCCCAGUGCCACCACUGCCCCCCUUGUCCCUCUGUCCCCUCCUCGUCCUCCCUGAUGCCACCGCAGGGGACGUUCCCCCUGAAAUAACCAAAUUUCCUUUUUUUUAACUUUUUUUUUAUUAAUUUCCCCUUUUCUUGGCUUUUUUGGGGGAGAUUUCACCCCAAAAUAAACCUGCUCCUCCUC